GAAAACAGUCAUCGAUUACCCUAUGCUACUUUAUGCCUAUGGUUAUGUCAAAGAGUAAAAAACUGAAAAAGAUUAUGUGAAAUAGCAAAUUAAGGAAAUUAGGAUUAUUGUUUUUCAUAAUUUUAUUUUUGUAUAACUUGUUGACAUGAUUUAAAAGUAAUAUCAAGGUAUUAUGAGAACAUUCCAUUAAGUAUUAUAGUGACGUAAGAUAUAAAAAAAAAAAGAUAAAAGAUCAUUUUGAUUGGCAAAAUGAUGCAAUUCAUGUUGUUAUUCAGCCGACAAGGCAAGCUCAGGCUUCAAAAGUGGUAUGUAGCACAUCCUGACAAGCUAAAGAAAAAGAUUACUAGGGAGCUAAUAACAACGGUAUUAGCUCGCAAGCCUAAAAUGUGCUCUUUCUUGGAAUGGAAAGAUGUUAAAGUCGUCUAUAAGAGAUAUGCAUCAUUGUAUUUCUGCUGUGCCAUGGAACAGGAAGACAAUGAACUUUUAACUCUGGAACUGAUCCAUAGAUAUGUGGAGCUGCUUGACAAAUACUUUGGCAGUGUUUGUGAAUUGGACAUCAUAUUCAACUUUGAAAAAGCCUAUUUCAUCCUUGAUGAGCUAGUGCUGGGUGGUGAGCUUCAAGAGACCAGCAAGAAGAAUGUGCUUAAAGCCAUCGCCGCCCAGGAUCUUCUGCAAGAGGAGGAGACACCGCAAGGCUUCUUCGAGGACCAUGGACUCGGAUAAACUGCACAGAUCCGUUUGGAAGAAACAGCAGAGGCGAAUAUUUGUACAUUGCUUAGAGGUAAAGAAUACAUACCUACAGUUUACAAAAAAAAGCAACAAUAUUUUUACAUAACCUCGUCUACGUUUUAUAUGUUGCACAAAAUAUAAAGAUUUGUUGUUCGUACUAAACUUGUAAUUAAUUAGUGAGUUUUUACUGUGUUUUUAUUAUAUAAAUGGACAUAAUUAUCUAAAAAAGUAUGUAUUCUUUCUGUUUAAGCAUUAUUUUAUAUUUUGCAUUUUCAGUAGUCGCUAUGAAAUGUUUUUUAAGCUUUGCAUUUAAAUGUAAUCAAUUGUAUUCCGUAAAUUCGAUUAUACUUCUAGUAGAAAGUUAUGCUUAUGUUCGUCUGUCCAAAAAUUAUUACCUAUGUUAUUUUUUUUCUUUGGUGAAAAUUUGUCUUAUGCAUAAUUUUUGCUUGUUAAAAAUUUCAAGCGAUUUAAGUUAUUGUAAUUAAUGGAUUUAAUGUUAUUAAAGUUUUACAUUUUUUAUCUGUACUUAUACAAGUAGUCUGACUGAAUUAAUUAAGUAAUAUUCUCAUAAAUUUUGCUUUGAACAAUAGACUAAGGUUGAAUGCGUAACAGUUGCAUUUCUUAUCAGCUAACUAAUUAACAAUCGAUAAUUUAAAUAUUCGAUCACGAUUGAAGCGAAUGAGAUGCAAAAUAUACGUUGUCUCAUUCGUUCGUCAACGUCAUAUAUUACAUGCCAAUCGCGUGACAUUAAUUAGUAAUUAUUAUUGUUAAUCUAUCUUCGAUGUGAAAUUAGAUGACUGAUUGCUUUAUCAUACCUUGGCAGCUAGAAUAUAUUUAUAGAACUACAACCAGACUUGGGAAAAAUGUAGUCAGGUUAAUGAUUACAAUUACAACAUGUAAUCAUCAAUCACGACUACAGUAUAACGAAAGUAAUCAAAAAUGCAAAGCGAGUAAGUCCAGUAAGUGCAUCCCAACGCGCCCUCUUCAGAACAAAAUUAAUCAUUAAUCGAAACCGGUUCUCUGUGAAAAAAAAUUAGUAGCGUGUAUCUUACUACACGUUAUAGCUUUUUGAGUUACUCUUACAUAACUUAAAAGGAGUUUCACUUCAAAAAAUUGUUACAAUUACUUUUAUAAUACUAAAAAAAGAGAUGAAUUGAAUGUAUUUGUAUUAUCUGUUUAAAAUUUAUUAUUUCUGUAAGAUGGGCCCUUGUUAGUAGAGCAGUUUGCUACGCCAAUGAAUAAAUGCUCUAGGCGUAUUUAAGUUUUUAUUUAAAAAUUCUGGACAAGGAGAUUCAAUCCAUAAGCUUCUUUCUCUAUUUGAUACUUAACAAAGAUAUCCGUACUUUGUUAUAAUUUAGAAUAAUUCUGGUAAAACUUCUAUAUUCAUAACUUCAAUUCAUAUCUCCGUUUAAAGUUUAGCAGAUGAACUUUCUGGCCUAAACUAUUGAUUCCUAGAUUAUAUUUGCAUAAAUUAAUUUUAACUAUUUUU